ACCAAUCUUUUUUACUCCAAAUCUCUUAAAGAAAAAGGAAAAGGCUAGUGACAAAGAAGCCAACAAACAACUUCACACCACCAAAAGCUUUAGAUUGGAUUUGUUAUCACAAAACAAAACCUAUACCCUCCAAAAAAGCUUACAAUACAAAUGGAAGAGAAGGAAAAGAAGAAGAACAAGAACAAGAAGCAAAAACAUCAACACCCCAAUGAUCAGACCAGCAAACCAGCAGCUGCAUCAGAUUUUUCAUUCAAGCCAAGCACUGAAGUAAAGGGUCUAAGAUUUGGUGGACAGUUCAUUGUAAAAUCAUUCACAAUCAGAAGAGCAAGGCCUCUUGAGCUGCUGAAACUACUUGAUUUCCCACCAUUGUUAAACAAACCCAACAACAGCAAACUCCCUUUCCCUUCAGCCACAGCUUUCUUGCCUACAAACUUCACAAUUUUGGCUCACCAUGCCUGGCAUACACUUACCCUGGGGCUUGGAACAAAGAAAUCCAAAGUUGUUUUAUUUGUUUUUGAGUCAGAAACCAUGAAGCUGGCAGUGGAUAGGAUUUGGCCACCAGAGAUUCCUCUUGGAGAAGAGAACAAGAAGCUGAUAAGGGGUCUAACAGGCUGUGAAAUGGCCAGGUUCAAGUUCAGAAAAGGGUGCAUCACUUUCUAUGUUUAUGCAGUGAGGGGUAUUGGAAACAUGGGAUUUUCUUGUGCUGAUGAUCUCAGAUCAAUUUUACAAUCUGUUGUAGCACUCAAGGAUUUCUUGGAUCACACUGCUAUGCUUGCCAUGCCUAACCAGAGAAGCAUCAGCUACUGCCCUCCAGUUGCCAUGGCUCACUAAUUUCAUGUUCUUCGAACAGAAACUUACCUCAGUUGGCCGAUGCAGUCAUAUAUUGAGCAAUCUCCAUUGUAAAAAAAAAAAAGUUUCAUAUUCUUCUUAUUUUUUCUUCAAUUUUGAAAUAUUUUUCUUCAUGAGGGGAUUGGUUUAUUUGUUGGAAGAUCUUGUUCAUGUUAUAAAAUUCCUUAAUCUUUUUCCAUUUUUCCUCGAACAGAUUUGUAGUAUGAAUAAAUUUGGAGUCUUUUUUUUUUUUUUUUUUCUCUUCACAGUUUAAUGAUCAGAAGUCUCUGUAAAAAUUAUUUUCU